AUGGCUACCCCCAGCGUCCUCGCUUUUGACGCUGAGGGUCGGGCCAUUGACUUUGACGUCUGGGUAGAUGACCUGCAACUUUUCCUACAGUGCGAUAGGGCAGACGGUCUCUCCCUCUUUGACCUCACUUCUGGUGCCUCUCCUGCCCUUGCUGCUGAUGCUGACGCCACUUACAAGAGUGCUAGGACCUUGUACGACACUGUAGUUGCACGCUACUCUUCCCCUGCCACUGCUGCACUUAGCCGCCUCAUCCUGCCGUACCUCUUCCCUGACCUCGCUGCUUUUCCCACAGUCGGUGACCUCAUUACGCACCUUCGCACUAGUGACAUUCCCUACCACGCUGCCCUUCCCGCUGAGUUCUGCGCCAAGAACCCCCCCCCUAUGUACAUCACCCUCUACUACAUAGUCACCCGGCUCCGUAACACCCUUCGCCCGGUCAAGGACCACUUCCUCUCUGUUUGCCCCACCACCCUCACCGUUAACCUCCUCGAGGAGCGCCUCCUAGUAGCAGAGAAGAGCAUAGUCGUUGUAGGAGCCUCUCGUGGUGACCCUCGUGCCCCUGUCUUUGAGGGGUGCUCCCCCUCUCCUCUCUUGCCCUCUGUUGCCUCUGCUGCUGCGGCCGACCUCGUUGGUCUUGAGUCGGUCGGUGCGGCAUCUGCCCCUAGCGGGAGACGCCGCACUGGCAAGGGCAAGGGGGGCAGGGGCGCUGGAGGAGCUAGCGGGGGCGGUGGAGGCGGCGGUGGAGGCGGCGGAGGGGGUGGGGGUGGCGGUGGGGGUGGUGGCGGGGGUGGGGGCGUCCGUGGCGGCAGUGGAGGCGGAGGCGGCGGCGGCGGUGGCGGUGGGAGCAGAGGUGGCAGAGGUGGCGGCGGUGGAGGUGGCGGCGGUGGAGGAGGCGGCGGCGGAGGAGGUGGAGCUAGUCGGGGUGGCGCUGCGCAGAGGGUCGGCUUCGGUGGUGGUCAGCGCCAGCAGCAGCAGCAGCAGCAGCAACGUACUCGUGAGAUCCCCCCCCCUCAGCAGCUUCGUGAGUGGUACACUGCACGCCAGCGGGGUGGGGGUACUGGUCCGUGCACCUACGUCCUACGCAUCGGCGACCGCACGGGUGAGCCGUGCGGGGGUGCGCACUCCACCCAGCGCUGCUUUGGCCGCCUGACGGACGCUUGGUGUCACCAGUUUCCUGAGGCCACUGAGAUCCCUCGCUGGGGCGAGCUGUCUAGGGCGGGAGUAGCUAUCUUUGACCUUGACUUAGAUGCAAUUCUUGCUGCCAUGUAUGAUGUGACUAUUAGUGAUGAGGGUGACUGUUACCGGUGUUUUCCGCUCAACCUGGGCAUUCGGACUGCUGCUCUAGGUACUCGUGAGGCUGCUGCUCUAGGUGCUAGCGAGGCUGCUGCUCUAGGUGCUAGUGUGUCUGCUUCCUCAAGUGCUGGUGAGUCUGCUCUCUCAGGUACUGCGUUGGCGUCGGCCUCCCACACCUUCACCCUUCACUCGGGGUGA